CUCCGGAAGUGCCGCUGAGAAGCACCGCCUUCCCAGUGGUGAAGAGCGACCCUCGAAAGGCCGGGGUGGCUCCGCGAGCGAGGGUGUCUGCGACGGUACGGCAGCCUGGGCCGCCGCUCCGCUCGGUGAUGGUCAUUGGCCUCCAAAACAGGGAUGGAGGAAAUAUCGGUCCAGGAAGCGGCAGGAUCACCAAGGGUCCAAUUCCAGUCUCUGGAGACCCAGUCUGAGGGUCUGUCCCCAGAGCCUCAGUUCGUGCAGGACACCGACAUGGAACAGGGAUUCACUGGGGGAUUUCCAAUUUCCAAGCCUGAUGGGAUCUCUCAACUGGAACAAGAUCUACAGGUCUUUGAUCUGGAAACAAAGAAUAGAGAAGUCCUAAGGGAUGACUGCUCAGAUGCAGAAACCAGAGAAGAGAACAAGCUGUUGAUUCCUAAGCAGAAAAUUGCAGAAGUACAUUCAUGCAAAGCAAGAGUAGGAAGACUCAAAAAGGAUAUCACCCAAGUUCCUGAGACUAGAGAAGUAUAUAAAUCUGAGGACAGAUUAGAAAGGCUUCAGGAAAUCCUAAGGAAAUUUUUAUUCCUGGAGAGAGAGUUUAGGCAAAUAACAAUCAGCAAGAAAACUUUCACGAGUGAGAACAAUGAAUGCAAGGAACCUGAAAAAAGCUUCAGUCUGGAAUCUACCCUUAAUACAGACCAGAGAGAUCUUAGAAUACAGAACAUUGAUGACAUUGAUAAGUAUGACAUGAGCCUCAGCCAGAAUUCAGCUGCUGAGAAGCACAAACAAAUAAAUCUAACACAGGAUUUUCAGAGUAGUGAAUAUAAGGAAAGCUUAAUGGAGCUCUCCCACCUUACUAAAUGUGAGAGUAUGCCCACCACUGAGAAAUCCUAUAAAUGUGAUGCAUGUGAGAAAAUCUUCCAUCAGAGUUCAGCCCUUUCUAGACAUCAGAGAAUUCAUACUAGAGAGAAACCCUACAAAUGUAAAGAAUGUGAGAAAUCCUUCAGUCAGAGCUCAAGUCUUAGUCGACAUAAAAGAAUACAUACUAGAGAAAAACCCUAUAAAUAUGAAGCAUCUGAUAAGUCCUGUGAAUCAUCUGAUAAAUCUUCUAGUCAGAGCUCAGGCAUAACUCAGCAUAAGAGGAUUCAUGCUAGAGCAAAAUCUUAUAAAUGUGGCAGUUGUGAAAGAGUCUUCAGUCGUAGUGUUCACCUUAUUCAACAUCAGAGAAUUCACAGAGAGAUGCCCUGUAAGUGUACUGUCUGCGGCAGUGAUUUCUACCAUACCUCAUACCUAAUUGAACAUCAGAAGCUUCACUGUGAAGAGAAAGCCUUUGAAUACAAUGAAUGUGGGAUGACCUUUAUUAAACCCGAAGGAAUUCAUCUCAGAGAAAAGCCCUAUACGUGUAAUGAAUGUGGAAAAGACUUCAGAUUGAAUUCCCAUCUUAUUCAGCAUCAAAGAAUUCACACAAGAGAUAAAACACAUGAAUGUAAUGAAUGUGGAAAAGCUUUCAGCCAGCCCUUAUGCCUUAUUCAGCAUCACAAAAUUCACAGGAAAGAAAAAUCGUCUGAGUGUAAUGAUUAUGAGGAGAGUUUUAAUCAUAGCUCAGAUCUUGUCCUGCAACAAGAAGUUCUUACCAGAGAAAAAGCCUUUGAUUGUGAUGCAUGGGAAAAGAACCUCAGUCAGAGAGCACAACUUGUUCAACAUCAAAGAAUUAAUACCAAAGAGAAACCUUAUGAAUGUAUUGAACAUGGGGAGACAUUUAGUCAACUGCAGGCCUCAUUCAACAUCUGAGAGUUCACACCAGAGAGAAAUCGUGUGUGCUGAAUGUGGUAAUACCUUCAGUCAGAGCUCAGCCUUUAUUCAGCAUCAGAGAAUGCACACCAGAGAGAAACCUUCUGAAUGUGAUGAAUGUAGGAGAGCUGUUAGUGUUAAACUCUGCAAACCCAUACCAAUGAAAAAACCUAUGAAUAUAUUGAAGGUAAAUGCUUCAUGCUAUGUGUAUACCUUAGUUAUCAUUGGAGGAUUCAUACAGGAAUAAAAUUCCAUCACUGUAAUGAAUGUGAAAAAGCCUUCAGUCACAUAAACUACCUUGUUCAGCAUCAGUUUCAUUCCAUGCAGAAAGCCUAUGAAUGUAAUAAAUGUGUGUGUGAAGAUCAGUCACAUUUCAAUCUGCAUUCAACAUCAAAGAAUCCAUACCCAAGAGAAGCCAUUGAGUAUAGGAGUUCCAAGUCUUUUUCAUCAUCAGAAUAUCUAUAACAGACCAGAAUCUGAUAUAAUUCAAAUGGAAAAAUUUACUGCCAUAUUUCUGGCUUUAUUCAACAUCAAAAUACUGGAGAGAAAAUUGUUGAUGAUUUGUAUAUGAAAUCGUUAAUAUAUAGUCCCAAUCUUUCAUUGCAGAAGAAUCUAGUCUAAGGAGUGACAUGGUGAAUGCAGUGCUGUUUUCUCAUGGCAUUCUUUAAUAUAAUAAGUGUUGUAAGUAACUAUGUAUACUUUAUUUAUGAAAUUCACUUAAGCUAUUUUUAUUUUAAUAUGGCCUAUAAACAUUUUUAUUUUUUCUGAAAUUGGUAUGUAUUGUUCACAGCUUCCCUAAGAUACUGUAUUACACCAGUGUAAAACAUGUCAGUGUCUGGAAAGUAGCUCAUUUAGCUUUUUUUUGCUGUUCUCAGCCCAAGUUCUCUCCAAAACAGACUGUCAGGCCUACUCUUUUCUGGGGACCAUACAUCCUAUUUGUUUCCAGCCACAACACUUGGAUUUGUUGAUUUCUCCAUUUUCUUAAGCACCUUCAAAUGACAGUUUACUGGUUUUAAGCUUUUCACCAGCAAGUAUGCCACCCCUUCUUGAUGCUGCUGUUCUGGUAUCUUUCCCAAAGUAAAGCAUCUUCUUUUAAAAGAAUUGGAUUUCCACAUCCUGUCACUUAUGUAUGAAGGAUUCUGGUUCCCCUGAGUUUAUGGCAGGCAGCUAAACAUUUUCAGGUGAUACUCAAGUUCUUAGCUGACCUGUCUGCAUCUACAGCCCACUAAAAGAGGAUGCAGACAUCAGGGAGCCAAUGAGACUCCUGGUGGUAUAGCUACAUUCAUUCAUUCAGCAUCCACUCUGCAUGUCUGAGUUUAAAAUUACUUUAUAUACUUCCACUGAAGGCCAGCAAAAAUGCUUGGGUCUGCUUUUGAUAUGGCAAAACAUAAAGAACAUAUACUAAAAGGUCAGAGAGCUUCAUAAAGCAGAGAGCUCAGCCUUCCAACAAAGAUACUGCUGUUUUUUAUAUAUCUUGCUGUUUUCAAGACAGUGGCAGUUAUAUUCCUGGUAUUAUAAAAUUUUAACUGUUAAGAUUGCUUCUUUGUCUAUUUGGCUUUUCAUGCCCAAUCAACCCUCAUCAAUCCAGGAUAGUAUUUGAAGUGUGGGGGCUUUGUGUAUAAUUACUUAUUAUCACUUUUUUUUGUAUUUUUACUAAAGUCUACAGGCCAUAUAAAAGAACAUGAUUUUCUUUAUCGAUAAAAGUGGUCACAAAUGUUGGCUUCAGAUUUCAAGAUCACCAUUAUAACACCUAGCAAUGUUCAUAAUUCUUAGAUGAUGUCAAAGCAUCUUAUUAUAUUUUUCCAUCUUCUUAAUAUUUUGUGAAUAAGUGUUAUUUAAAAUUCUAGUUGUCAUCCCAGCAAUUGAGGCCUUCAUAGUUCAGGUCUUGUAAUAUUCUGAGGGAUUCUUAACAAAUAUAUACAGAUUUAUUGCUUGCUUUGUAAGCAUUUUAUGGCUAAACUCUAGGAUAGUUCUACCACUAUAUUUUACCUCUUAGCCAUCAGCAAGCAUAGGAUCUAAUCAGGGCAAGGUAGAGAUUUAAAUCAAUUGAUCUAAAUGUAAAAGCAAAUGAAAAUGCAUGGUUUUUUUCCUGUCAAUGACUGUAUAAUCUUAUGUUUAGAGAAUAAUAGUCAACUCCAAUGAUUAUGAGACAGAACUAAGUAAUCUCUAAAUGGCAGAAUAUAUAAAAAUCACAUGUAUGCAUUUGGUUUAGCAAUGUGCUUUUGUACCUCCACUUGAAUAAAGGUGUGUUUAAUA